AUGGUGCAGAUUGAAGGGAAAGAUAGGAUUAGUGCACUCUCAGAUACACUUCUUUGUAUUAUUCUCUCUUUUCUACAUAUAUACGCGUCUGUUAGAACCAGUGUAUUGUCCAAGAGAUGGAGAUAUGUUUGGACUAAAGUCCCUGUCCUCGAUUUUUCUCUCGUAGAUUCAUCGAACAAGUCAUCUUUCAUAACUUUUGUGUACAAGGCCUUGGUCCUCAAUGAUGCACCUGAGCUAAAACUCUUUCACUUGAGUAAUGUUGGUGUAGUCGAAGAAUAUCAUGUUGAUUCAUGGAUUUGGUCUAUGUUGAGACGCAAUGUGUUGGAGGUCGAUCUUUGUUCUAUCAACAGAGAGACUAAGCUCGCUGAAGGGCUGUUUGUGAGUCAGAAACUCAGGGUUUUGAAGCUAACUGGAAAAUAUGUUCUUCCUGUUAGUGUUCUGUAUUUUAUGCUUCCAAAUCUUGAGAUCCUCCACCUUUCGGGGGUCAUACUUGAGGAUAGUUUGUUGGAUAUAUAUUCAGUCUUUCCUCGUCUUAGAGAACUUAUACUUCGUAACUGGUCAAGAAUGAAGAUCCUAAACAUUCAUUCAGCUUCUUUGAAGGUGUUAAAAAUCAUGUAUUUCAGGCUAACAACAGGAAUGCAGGAUAUAGUCAUUGAAGCACCUAAUCUCGAAUACCUAUCUCUUUCUGAUAAUGUUUCAUUCUAUGACAUCAAGGAUGUUUCCUCAUUGGUUGAAGCUAAGAUUAAUGUUUGCAAACAAAAUUGUGGAAUGCUUGAGCUUUUCUUGGAUAUUGCAGGCGUGAAGACAUUGGUAUUGUCUAUAACAACAAUUUAUUAUGGACUAUGGAUUUUGCAGGAUGAUUGGACGGAGUACUGGAACCCAUACCCAUAUUUAACACCUAAGUGUCUAUCGAGCACUCUGAAGGUUAUCAAACUUUACGACUUUUGUGGGGCUCAAGGACAAGUGACUAUGGGUGAAUAUUUCUUGAAAACAGCAGGAAGGUUGAGGGUGAUGAAGAUUCAUACAGUUCAUCGAGAUGCAGAGGAUGAAAUGAGCGCCUUGCUAAGGCUAUUCAAGUCCCUUGAAUAUGUGUGCCCUUAUCAGUUGCCAGUAUUACACAACUUGACCUGUUUGCUCUGCAUAUGCUGUAUCAUACUCCGAACUUGGCAUGGUUGGUGGCUUGGUGUUGCACAAACACAACUACCCAAUAAGUCUUUGGGCUCGAUAAUGAAUCCAUAUUCCCAAAUUCUACACCAAAGUGCAUAUUGUGCAAUCUUGAGGUUAUCAAACUCUUAUGAGUUUUGUGGGUGUAAAGAGCAAGUGAAAAUAGCGGAAUAUAUCUUGAGAACUGCUGCAGUUUUAGGGUGA